CCCCUUGGAGCAACUAGUCACACCCUACAUUAUUUGUUUUCUGCAACGGGAAAAGGUGAAUAAGAAACAAACCACCUCUUGACUGUUAAUUGAAAGGUGUACAAGUUUUCGAAAAUGUUUCCUCAAAGAGUAUCCAAACCUCCAGACCACAUUACAGAGUCUAGGUAGACUAAGAAUUGGAUAGGUUUAGAAAUGAUCAGAACUGUGCAUGGGACAAAGAAUGGAGGAAGUGUCUAUCAGUCAGAAGCAAUCAUUAAACCCAGAGGGAAAGGGGAAAAAUAUGGAUUCAGAGACGCCCUUAUAUCAAGAAGCCAAAGUUCCCUCAGUAGUUUGUAAGUAUGCAGAGGAAACUGUAGUGGCUUGCAGAAACUUAGAAGACAAGAUAGAGAACCAGGAAGUGAAGUGUAGAGCAGACAAGGAGUAUACAAAUAAACAGUUUGAAAUCCAUGAUGCAAUGACCAAAAAUAUAAAUCUAAUGACCAAACAAGAUCUGCGUGGAACAGGGGACAGGGAACUAAGCCAUGUAUCCAACCAUCCACACCAGGAAUUAAUUGUAAUUAAAGGUGUAAACCAGGAACCAAAGCUGAACCCAAGUCAAGAGCCAAAUAGUGUUGACAUAUCUGAUAACUUUAAAAUGCAUAAUAUUUUACAAGAAUCUAACAGCAAUAAUCCAGAAAUACUCAGAGCAGAUGGUUCAGAGAGUGCUCCUACAGGUAAUGAGUGUUUAUCCCACUCAGCCACUGAUCUCCAUGUGGGUGUACCUAGUUGUUCUCUUACACAAGUUAAGCAAGAAAUUCCGGAACAUAUACAAAAUGCUGAAAGUUUACACAAUCACACGGAUGAAUAUGUCUCAGUCGGUGAAGAUGGAAAUGGAACAGCAUUCAUGGAUAAAGAAAUUAUGAAUCUCAAUGAGCUUGUCAUAGAAUCUGAAAAUUCCCCAAAUAUUUUAGGAUGUGUGCCAAAGAGAAGGGGUAGACCUAAAGGAAGUGGUAAAAGUAUGAAAUCCAAGACAACACUGCAUAAUAAAGGCAAACGUGGCAAGAAGGGGGAAAAUUUAGGGAGGAAAUCAUGUGCAGAUCAAAACAAGAAACACAUCAAAUCUAAUAAAUUCAAAGGUGCCAAAGAAAUGAGGGUUCAAAUUCCUAAAUUGCAGAAAAGUAUCGAGGGUGAAAAUCAAGAUGAUGCCCAAAGUUUUCAGAACCUUCCUCUCGGCAAAUGUCAGUCCAAGAGAAAACAAGUUAGUAAAAUUUGCAAAGAAUCAAAGUCAGCAAAGAAACGGAUGGCAAGAAUUGAAACUGACAUAGAGAUCAAGCUAGAACCAGAGUCAUCAGACGAAGACAAUUUCGAUAACGACCCAGAUUAUUUCCCCAUUAAAGAGGAACCAGAGUCCCCAGGCAGAGGAAAACGGCCUCGAAUAGGGCGUCCUCCCAAAAUUGGAUGCAACCCUUGCAAGAAAUGUGAUGCCAGAUUUCCAACAAAGAGACUGUUGUUAGCUCAUCAGAGAGUCCACUCCCUUCCAAAACAGUCCUGUCGUUUUUGUGACUUUGAAGCAAAGUCUGUUGUGGUUAUGAUGGAACAUGAGGCCAAGCAUACUCAUGAGAAGCCAUUCAAGUGUGACCACCCUGAUUGUGAUUAUGCCUCAAGGUCAAAUGUAGAUUUGCAAAGGCAUAAAUCCAAACACUCCACAGAGAAGAAAUUCAAAUGCCCUUAUGAAAACUGUGACUUUGUGACCAAAUGGCAGAGGAAUAUCCGCCAUCAUGUUUUACGUCACACAGAUGAACGUCCCUAUCCAUGCCAUCUUUGUCCUCAGUCAUUCAAACGGGUUCAAGAUCUCAAGUAUCACUUAUAUCGUCACAGUGAUGACAAACCAAUUGCCUGUGAUGAGUGUGAUUUUAGGUGUAAAACUAAUUUCGAACUCAAAUGCCAUAAGCUUAAACACAGCGAUGUUAGAAAUUAUGCUUGUACUCAUCCUGGCUGCACUCAGAGGACCAAAUCUAAAAGUGACCUGACCAAACACAUGAAAAUCCACUCAGAUCACAAAGAUUAUAUCUGUGAUGAAUGUGGGAAGGGGUUUCGAACCAGAGCCUGUUUGUCUAAACAUCUUCAGAGACAUUCUGAUAUUAGACCAUACUCCUGUGAUAUCUGUAACAGAGCUUUCAAAGUCAAAGUGGCUUUAAGGAAACAUGUUGUUUUGCAUUCAGAAUAUAGACCUUUUUCCUGUGAAAUGUGUGGACAGAAAUUCUCCAGCAAGUCCAACAAGAAUGUUCACAUGAAAACUCAUGAUUACUCAGACAGACCAUAUCCAUGCCCUGUGUGUCCAUAUGCAGCCAAAAUCCAGAGCCAUCUUUUAUCCCAUAUAGGCUCCAUGCAUGGUAAUUCCUAUGCUUAUUUUUGUGAAGUCUGUAAGAAACCGUUCAAGAGAUAUGGACAGUUAAAAGUACAUCAUGUGAGAAUGCACCCAGAAGUGGACUUUGGGAAAAUCAAAACCGAGAAUCAGAUGCAGCUAACAGAAAUGGAUGAUGGAACAGUAAUGAAUUUUACUUUUGAUGAGAACUCGGUGGCAGGUGUUGAGGAAUGCAUAAAUUCCGUCAUUGCAGAAGCAAGAGAUGCUGUCAAAAUUGAAGAAAAAGAUUUUUCCAUCAAGCGGACAGAAGUGAAAAAUGAAGAUUCUGACUAUUUGCCAGAUUCUGUUGUGGUAGAUGAAGAAUAUGUAGGUACUUCCGAUAUUCACCAAAAGGAGAGAAAAAAGAGAGGUAGACCAAGGAAAGUCAGACAUGAUGCAGAAGUCCAAAAGACGAAUGUUAAAGUGCAAGACAUGAAAGUUCAGAGUGAUGCUGAAAAGUUACAUGAAAAUCUAACACUCACUGAAAAAUUAUCGACUGCUGCAGAGGAUAAAGAUGUCAAAGUUGGAAGUGUUCUUGAAAAUUUAGAUUCAAAUGUCACUUUGACCCCUUUAUCCCUUAAUGUAAUUACAGAAGACCUUCAAUCUGAAAAGCCCUUAAAAAAUGAAGAUUCAUCCAAGGCCCCUGCAACUCUGACUAUAUACGAGGGGGGAUUUAGACUGCCUCUGGCCACGAAAGGUUUUAAAUUCAACUUUGACAAAACUGGAAAGAAGCCUAAAUCUUGGUUCAUGAAUCCAGACAACAUGCACAAAGGCCCUAGAGAGCAUCAGAUGAAGUACCUCGCCAAGAAGGAUACAGAGUACAAAUAUUACUUGAAAGCUCAGAGAAAAAAGAUGGUAGGCAGGAACAAAGUUCUGGAGAGCUUGGAGAGGCGAAGGAAAAGUGCUGCCAAACGAUUCGCAACAGGAAUAGCAAAAUCAAUAAAAAGACGCCAUGGUAAGGCUCAGUUCAGAUUCACUAAAGUGGUGGAGGAAAAUGAGGAUCCCACUUGUAUACAAAAGCAGUCCAGUAGUAGACCAAGUUCAUUGUUGGAGAGCAUUCCAAGCCAAAGUUUACCAAAACUCAUCUUCAAAAAGAAACCAGAUAAGCAGGAAGAGUAUGAAUGUAUCAAUAAGGAGGAGAUGGAAACAUUUGUACAAAAUAAAAAUACAGAACAUGAAAAACCAAGCAAUCAUGUAGAUGAUAAUGAAGCAACAGAAUCAUUUGUAACAAAGUCAUCUAUCAAAAAUAUUGGCAGAAAAAAGAUUGAAAGUGUCCAAAGUACAGACAGGGUCUGUUUUAAAAAAAGAGGAAGACCUAAAACAAAGAAAUUGGAAAAAAAUGUGAAAAACCCCACUAAGAACGCUCGACAGAGUAAAGAGGACCAACAGAUAAAAAACUCUCAGCCGCCUUGUAAAAAGACAAAAACAAAGUCAAAUGAUAUACAGGGAAAGAAGAAAAAAGUUGUCUCAGAAUCUCAAGAAACUGCAAAGGAUAAAAAAAGGGGAAGACCAAGAAAGAGUGAGUUAGAGAGCUGUGUCACAAAAAAAUCUAAGAUAUGCCAUGAAACUGCAGUGAUCCCAAAAAAGAAAGGUGGAAGAAAGAGAGCUCAAGAUAAGACAGUUAACAAACCUACAGCCGGUAAAGGGAGGAGAGCAAGAAGGCAGAAAGGUCCCUUUGUAAUUGAAUGGGAAACUGGAGACCAAGAGGAAUCUGUAAUAAAAAAUGAGGAGUUGGAUCCAGAACUACCCGAGAUGGAAGCCAAAGUAGAAACUACGUUAGUCUCUGAAAACAUUUGUUUUAACAAUGGAAGCAAAGAUGCUACUGUACCGGAGAGAUUAACCAUAGUCGACUCCAUAACUAUGGAAAUGGUAACCAGUAUGAAAAUAGAGCCUCCGGAGCAGACUGAUUACCAAGGAAACUAUGUUGAUGACAGCCAUGUUGUUUCAGAUGUUCCAGCUGACAUGGAGGGGCGAUUACCUGAUGAUUUGCUGGUUAUGCAAGACUAUGUUAGUGAUAUAGGGCAACUGUAAGGAGUUAGACCUGUUCUGGUUGAUGUUGUUUUGUGUUAAUAUUGUUUUAUUUGUGCUCAAUUUGUUGUCCCUGGUUUGUUGCCAGUUUCAUGUAUAUUUAAGCUGAUGAUGUAGUGAAGUUUUGAGUAUUCUGUUUAUCAUAGGUUAUCAAAUAACCACCAGGAAAUAUGCCCUCUAGCACAGUAAAGCAGACUGAGUUUGGGAAGCCUGCAUCAAGAGAAAGACCAAGGGCAGACAUAUCCCCAAUAUUCUCUGUCAUUGUAAUUCUGGAAGUGAACAUUUGUCUUCAUUUUUGAUGUCGGAGGAAGUGUUUACAGCUGACAUUAUUUGUAAACAGAUGUGACAUCACAAUUGAGUAUAUAAGUAAAAGUAAAUCCAGGGCUUUUACAGUGCUGGCUUUUUGAGUUAAUAAAAGCCUGGAUACUUUCUAUAGAAAAUACAUGUAUUAAAUUAUAUAAUAAGGCAUAAUCUUGUCAGAUCCAUAAUGUGGCUGUAUAUGGUUAAACUGGUUGUUAGUAAUAAUAAUAACACCUUAUAUAGAGAAAGUGAUCUGAUUGGUGCAGCACAAUUCUUCACCUUUUGAAUUUAAUAUAAUUCAAUAUGUAAUGAAGCACAUGAUAAAAACUCAAAGAUAUACAUCUACAAAUUAUAUAGUAUAGAUAGAGAUUCAAGAAGUCAAUAUGUAUCGAAACAAUGUAGGGCAUGUCAUAAAGAAAUUGUCUCUAAAUGGGAAAAAAGGGUCAAUGAUAAACUAUUUACCGGUAAUCAUAAUAGCAGAAAUGUUGGUUAUGAAAUGCACCUUUGAUAAAAACUUCAAGGACAGUCAUAUUCUCUCAUCAUAAACAAUCUAUGACUUUAAUAAAAUUACAGUCAUACCUCGUUAUCUCGAACUCAAUGGGACUGAGAAAAAACUUUGAGAUAUCCAAGGAUUCUAGAUAUCGAGGGUAAAAUGCUUAAAGAAUAAGUGGUUGGGACUUCUGAAUCACUUUGACAUAUCCAUGGUAUUUGAGAUAUCGGUGUUUGAUAUACUGAAGUUCAACUGUAGUAAUAUUUCAAUGUAUAAAACAAUUUUCACUAUGACUGUUUUUCGUUCUACAAAUUGACUAUGUGUUUUUGUUUUACUGUAGACAAGUGUGCUAUGAUCAUUGUGCUCCUCAAGAACUUACAUGAUGAACAAAAUCAAUCUUUUUACAUAUUGUGUGUUUAUAUAUAGAUAUUUUAUUUAUUACAAUGAAACUAUGUUCUCAUGCUGGGUGUUUAUUUUCUUAUUGAAAUCCAUAUGAUACAUAUAUAUUUUUAUUUAUUUGUUUCUUGAUGUGGAUAUUUUCGUGCUCGUUAUUUUGUGUUUUUCUUAGAAAGAUCUGUUGUAUCUCUACAAAUAUUUUCAUUUUUCCUGUAGAUAUGAAUGUGCUAAGACUAUAUACUUUCAUCCACUAUGUUCUGAUGAUUUAAAAAGUGCAUGGGUUUUUUAUGGAUAUGUUAUUGUAACGAGAGAGGGAGACAACACAAUGGACCAGACCAGGCUUCGGACCUGGGCCCCCUGAAUUUUCUAGUCAGGAAGGAAGAAAUGCAAUGGACCAGACCAGGAUUCAAACCCUGAAUUUUCUAGUCAGGUGCUCUACCAACUGAGAUAUCUGGACACCAGCAAUUGAACCUGUUUAACUUCCACAAAUGUCUCCACACCUUGAAGACAUCUACCGAGGAUUUUUAUUCCGGUCUGGUCCGUUGCAUCAUCUCCCUUCCUGUUACAGUCAUCUAUAUGUCUUCAAGGAUAAUAUGCUAAAGUUCAGUUUGGUAACUCAACAAACACUGUCAAAUAUUGUUUUUUGGGGGUUUUUUCUCGAUGUUAUGCUUUAAAUAUGAAUAAAACAAUAUAUGUUCGUUGAAAUGAAACUGUUUUGAGUUUCCUAAAUAUGAAUAAAGCUGUGGGAUCCAGCACAUUGUUGUAGGGAUGAAUUAUACAUGUAUUGAUAAGUUACUCGCACAAAAUACAUGAUGGGCAAGCUGCGAUGGAGGGUAUUGUGUCACUCAAUGUCCCCCUCAGAACAUAUUUGUGCUUUUUUAAAUUGGUGACUAAUUAGGCAUUCAGACAAUUUAGAAUAUUUACAAAAAAGCUUAUCAAACACCAUCAUGGAAUACUUGUACUAAUGUUAGGGAACAUCUUGAAUAAGAGGCUACUCUUAAGUAUUCAGAAAGAAAAGAAAAAGGAAUCUUGGAAAUUUAUAUCACUCUAACUGCUGACUGUGUACAUAGCUAAACGGGAGAAAGAAUAAAAUUCAUGGUUGGCUGGCAAUCUAAAAAAAAAAAAAUACUACGAGAGACCCAUGGGACAAAUCCCUCACCUGAGCAUUUGCAUUUUCCAUGCUAAACAUUAAAUCCAAAAUAUUGUUUGGGGUCAUAGUAUGAAAAAAAAAAAACCAACAAGAUUGCUGUACGUAGCAA